AUGGACGAGAACGAAAAGAUCAUGGCCCUCGUGCAGGGCGCCGGCGGCUGGCACGACGACCUCAAGUCGCGAGGUCCGCGUCCACGCUACACCGCCAACAGCGGCGGCAGCAAGGGCGGCGGCGGAUUCGUCGGCGGCCCCACGGACAACCGUCUGCCGCCUCCCGGAUACACGUGCCACCGCUGCAACGAGCCAGGGCACUUCAUCCACCUGUGCCCCACGAACGGGGAUCCCCGGUAUGACUUCCACAAGGUGAAGAAGCCCACGGGCAUUCCCCGCAGCAUGCUCAAGCCCGUCACCGCGGGCAGCGCCAAGGGCAGCCUCAUGCUCCCCGGCGGCGGAUUCGCCGUCAUGCAGCCCAACGAGGAGGCAUUCGACAAGGCCACGAGCGUUCUUGGGCGGCCGGGGCUUGUGCUGGGCUCAGGCGACGACGUGGUGCCCAGCGAGCUGCAGUGUGCCAUGUGUCGUCGCCUGCUCAAGGACGCCGUGCUCAUCCCGUGCUGCGGCAACAGCUUCUGCGACCACUGCAUCCGGCAGGCCCUCAUUGACAACGACCUCCGCUGCCCCGUCCCGUCGUGCGCCGAGUCGGGGAAACUGAGGGAGACGGUGGACAGCUUCAAGAGGACCCUGCGGGAAAAAGGCGUCACCGAGGAGCAGCUCCUCACCGUACAGAGCCUGCCCCGCGACGAGCCGGCCCCGCCUCCUCCUUCUCCUCCGGCACUGGGCGAGCCUGUCAAGAAGGAGCCCGCCGAGGAGGCGGCUGGGACGGAGGAGCCCACGCCCACCACCGCUUCGACGCCCACGACCAUGACCGCUGCUGCCGUCGGUGAGAGCGCAGCUGAUGGCGGCAUCCACCACCAGCCGGGACAGCAGCAUGGCGGCGGCGGUGGUGGCACGCCGCGUGACGACGACGACGACGACGACGCGGUGGCCACCACCACGUCGCGCCAUCGAACGGACUCGGAGAGUGGGCAGGAGGCGCGGCCGGCGGAAGACCACCUACGGGAGCAGGCGCGGACCGCCUCUGAAGAUCGCGGCGGCGGCGGCGGCAGCAGGAGCAGGGACGACGACGAGGCGCCACCACGGGGAGGGGCCUACCCGCCGCCCCCGCCCCACGUGCCUCUCCGCCCGCCCCCCAUCCUCGGAAUCUCGGGUCCGGGCAUGCUGCCUAUUCCCGCCUACGAUCCCUACGGCAUGCCGGGCUUCAUGGGGCGGGAUAUGGCGGCGUACAUGGGCAUGGGGGCCUUCGGCGCGCCCUUCCCCGGCGACCCCAUGAUGGGCGGCUACCCGGGAUCCGCCCCCUAUUGGAUGACGGGGCAGCCCUUCGGCUACCGCGGCGGCAGCGGGAGGUACCCAUCCGAGCGCCCCUACCGAUCGGAGGAUAGGAGGGGCAGGAGCCGCAGCCCAUCGGGCGAGCGAAGCAGCAGAAGCGGAAGAAGGAGCCGCAGCCCGGCCCCGCGGGGCCGGAGAUCGGCGGAGCGGAGCCGGGAGGAGGGCGAGGGCGGCGACGCGGCUGAGCGGGAGCGUCAGCGCCAUCUGGAGAGGGAGCGGGAGGAGCGCACGCGCGAGAAGGAGCGGGAGCGCGAACGGGAACGAGAGCGCGAGAAGGAGCGCGAGAAGGCCCGGCAGAGGGAGCGCGAGGAGAGGGAGCGCGAAAGGGAACGCGAACGGGAACGCCAAAAGGAGCGCGAGCGUGAGAGGGAGCGCGAGAGGGAGCGCGAAAGAGAGCGGGAGAGGCGCGAGAAGGAGGAGCGGGAGCGCGAACGGGAGCGCCAAAAAAAGGAGCGGGAGCGGCAGGAGCGCGAGAGGCGCGAGAAGGAGGAGCGCGAAAAGGAGCGGGAGCGGCAACGCCAAAAGGAGGAGCGGGAGCGACACGAGGCCCGAAAGCGGGAGAGGCGCGAGAAGGAAGAGCGCGAAAAGGAGCGCGAGCGGCAACGCGAAUUAGAGCGCGAGCGCGAGCGUGAGGACGCGAGAAGGCGGGAGGAGGCGGAGGCGCACAGGAGGGCCAGGAAAGACAGCCGGAGAGAGCGGGACAGCAGGCCCGAGCGAAGUGGCCACUCCUCCUCGUCGUCGUCGCGGUCCGACGUGGCGCUGACGGCCGAGCGGCGCGACCACCACCAGCAGCAGCAGCGGCCGAGCCACGCCACCGGUGACCAGCGGCCCUCCGGAUCCUCGCCGCCGUCUGUGGGGUCGACGUCGCGCAAGCGGUCCCGCGGGGAGGCGGCAGGCGGCAGCGGCGGCGGCGGCGGAGGAGGCGAAGGCAGAACGAGCGAGAGGGACAAGAAGCGGUCAAGGAGGCACCACCACCACCACCACCACCACCAGGAGGAGGAGGAAGGGGAGCAGAAGGAGGAGGGGAGCAGCGCGGGCACCACCAACGCAGGCAACGACGGACCCGCCAGAGAGCUGCACCAGCGCCACAAGAAGCGAGGCGGCGGCGACAACGAGGGCGAGUCGUCCAGCAGCGGCAGCGGCAGCGCUAGGGCGUCGGUGCCGGCCGAGGAGGAGACGCGAGGGAAGAGGGCGCGAACGAGCGGGCGAGCGGCGGCGGCGGCAGAGGAGGACCAACACACAGCCCACCACCACCACCACGACGACGUGUCGGCCUCGGUCAAUCCCUCCUCCUCCUCCGACGUGCCGGCCCCUCUUCCUUCCGCUGCUCGCCGCCGAACAGGACCCCUACGCAUGGCGGCCCUGGCGCUGCAGGCCGCCCUACCCGGACGGCCCGCGGGUCCGCGCUUGGGGGAUCGUGGCGCGCAGCCACGAGGAGGUGCUGGCCAGCAGAGGAGGGACCAUAUGGCUGGACGCGGCGGCAUCGAUGAGGCACCGGCCGAGGAGCGCAAGCGAGGGCCGCGGCACCCCAACAACAGCAACGCCACCACCGGGCCGGUGCUCGCGAAGGCGCGCCCAACUGCCUCCGACGCCGACCUGAUGGGCUUCCUGUAG